AUGUCUAAUGACAAUGAUUUUUCUGACAACAACAAUAAUUAUCUUCCUGAGUUUGAAAUUAAUCAAUUUAACUCAGAUAUAAUUAAUGAGUUUAUUACAGAUGUUCAAUAUAAUCUAGAUUAUCAACAUACUUUAAAUUUAACAGAACAAGAAAAUGAUGAUGACAAUGACAACAAUGACUCUAUUUUAGAUAAUAUAACAAACAUUUGCUCAUCUUCUUCUUCUACAAUAGAAAGUCUAUCUUCAAUUAAUAAUAUUUGCUCACCUCCUGCAAUGGAAAAUAUAUCUUUAAUUAUAGGAAUUGUUUGUAGUUUAUGUGAAAAAAAUUAUGCAAAAAAAUCAUCAACACGACCACUUAUAGAUCAUUUAACAAAAGAACAUAGUAAUAUUCUUUCUACGACAAAUCAAUUACAAAAACCAUAUAAAGAAAAUGAUAAUAAAAGAAUAAAAGAAUGUACAGAUGCUGUUAUUAAUUUUAUUGUUGGGUUCCAAAUGCCAUUUUCAGUUGUAGGAAAUUUUUGGUUUAAAAAAUUAUGCAAUAUCUUUGAUUCAUGGUAUAUCUUAUCAACACAUCAAUCUUUACAAAAUCAAAUUUAUCAAAGAUUUGAAAAUCAUCAUAAUUUAAUUGCAAAAGAAUUAUCAGAGCUUACAGUAAAAAUCACUCCAGAACUAAAGGAGAUCCUGUGCAAAGUGGCUGCGACAAAUGUAAAUAAUGCUGCUACUAAUGAUUCUAAUAACGACAACACAACUGUAAGUGGCACUGGAAAAUCCUUAAAUAAUCCUGAAAGCUUUUCAAAUUCUGGCAAUUCAAAUAUCCAAAUACGAGAAGCCUCACAAUUAAAUGAAGACUCACAAAUUCAAGAAGAUUCACAAUCAAAUGAAGAUUCACAAUCAAAUGAUUCAGAAUUCAAUGGAUAUCCACAAUCAAAUGAAGAAAAUUUACAACUUAAUGGAAAUUCACAAUCUAGCAUUACUAGUACUCAUUAUAUCAGCAGUGAUGAUAAUGGCAAUCAAUUUUUGAAGGAUCAACCAACAGUCAGGAAGGAGACUGUUGACGAUGAGGAGAUGGUAAUUAUUACCUUGGAUAAUGAAAGUAAUAAAAAGGGAUAUAAAUUCAAAAUCCCUGUAUUCCAAUUAUCAAGUCGCGAUGAUGACUGGUUCAUGUUGUCAUCAGAUGUAGCAAGUACCUUGGGAUUCAAUGACAGUUAUUUGCUACAUCUAAGAAAUCCCAUAUUAAAGUUACUACCAACCACUGAUGAAGAGAAAAAUUAUUUAUGUGAAUUAGGGCUGAUAGACCAUUUUACCAGGUCCCGCAAUGCCACAAUUGUGUAUGCUUGGUUGGCAUAUUUUAUUUUUGGAACAAAAAUAGUACACGGUGGUAGGAGAAGUCGAGAUGAUGAUAUAAGCGAUCAUGAAGAUGUUUGUAACAUUCUAUCUAAACAAUGUAAUCUCAAGAGACCCAAAAAUAAAUUAAAAAACUUGGAUGAAGCAACAUUGCAACAGCACAGGUUAGUUUCAGUAAGAGAUUAUAAUGCUCGGUUAAAGGUGAAUAGGAAAGAAAAACCAUACCACUAUGACCCGCAUACAAACAUUGUACAGCUUCCUAAUGACACUCAGUCAACAUAUUUGAAUGUUGAGUUCAUACCACAACAUCGUAUGGAACCACCAGGAAUGAUAACAUAUAUUGAAGAGAAACCAAGGGAUAUGAUAGCAAAAUUAAGUGAAGAUAUUUUAGAAAUUAUACCGUCAGAUAUUCGAGCUAUAAUUGAGAAAGUGAAAACUGACGAAGAUGCAGCAGAACGAGAGAAGGAAUUGAAAUCAUAUGCCGCUAAUCAAUACCCAUUAGCUUUAAUGGACAAUCAAAUCCAACAACACAUACCAAUUAUGGAAAUAAAACGUCCUAUAGAAAGUACUCAUGCUCAUAUUCAGAAUGAAGCUGAACGAAUGUAG